AUGGGGGCUAUUAUGUCUGGUAUUGUAUCAGACACCAAUGGAGACGCUUUGUCUUCAUUGAUGCCAAGAUUAGAUGACAUUCCAGAGAGCUGUGUGGCAAUGGUUUUGAUGCAUUUAGACCCACCUGAGAUCUGCCAAUUGGCUCGACUGAAUCGGGCUUUUCGGGGUGCUUCUUCAGCCAAUUUUAUAUGGGAAUCGAAAUUGCCUUCCAAUUAUGGGUUCAUUAUGGAGAAAGUGUUUGGUGAUAAUACAAAAAAGACAGUGAAUUUGAGCAAGAAAGAUCUUUACGCCAUGCUUUGCUGUCCCAAUCCCUUUGACGGUGGCACAAAGGAGAUAUGGCUGGAUAAAAUUACUGGUGGAGUUUGUGUUUCUAUUUCUUCUAAAGCUUUAAAGAUUACUGGGAUAGAUGAUAGGAGAUACUGGACUCCCAUUUCAGUUCGGGAAUCAAGAUUCCAGACAGUGGCAUAUCUUCAACAAAUAUGGUGGUUUGAAGUAGCCGGAGAGUUUGAGUUUCAAUUUCCUUCAGGGACGUAUAGCCUAUUCUUCAGACUCUAUCUUGGGAAGCCAUCGAAGAAACUAGGUCGGCGUGUAUGCAACUCUGAACACAUCCACGGGUGGGAUAUGAAACCUGUACGUUUCGAGCUAACAACUUCAGAUGGUCAACAUGCUGUAUCCCAAUACUUUUUGGAUAAUCCUGGAACAUGGGUUCACUACCAUGUAGCAGAGUUUGUAGUUGCGAAUCCUAAUGCACUGACAAGGAUCAAAUUUUCAUCAACUCAGAUCGAUUGUACUCACACCAAAGGCGGUCUUUGUGUAGACAGUGUUCUGAUAUACCCCUCUACUCUGAAAACUGAUUAGAUUAAAUCAUUCCUGUAAAAUACGAAGGCGUGGGAGCCCCAUAGUCAAUAGCCAUUUAGAUUCAGGUUGGUUUCGUGGGUGUGACGCUGUUUUAGGAGAGA